UGUGGAGACUUGUAGACACAAGCACUUUUUUAGUAAAGUCAAUGACAAAUAUUUAAAAAAAAUAUAUGUCAAGAGAGGUUGCCAUGGCACAUACAUCCGUAAAGAAAGUGGAAGGAAAACAGAUUUUGAAGACUACUUUUUCGUCGUGCAUUAAAGAAGUUGUCACCGAGGAGUAUUCCAAAUCACAUCAUAAUCCACCUAUCACAGAUAAAAUAUAUUAUUCGACAUUAGGCAGUGUUCUUAACAAUGCCAAGGACUGGGAAGGCCACCAAUUAAUGCGACAAAAGAAAAUGAAACCGAUUCAAAAUGAAUGGGAAGAGUAUUAUGUUUUUGAUAACGAUGGUCGUCUACAAAAGACUGAUUCUGAUUAGGAUCCAUACUAGUGCCCUACCAGGACUAUUCGAAAAUAUAAGG